CCCGAUGAUGAAAUGUCUUGACUGGUGCAGUUCAAAUACAAGCUGAGCCAGCAUCCUUCCGGCUCCUGUCACCCCCCCACCCCACCUUCGCCACCCCUCGCUGCUGCCCACCGCCGCCCCCACCCCGGGGUGUUUGCAGACAUGAAUGAGUUUGUUUACUCUUUGACGAUCUUGUGAUGUCUUUGCACAGACAUGACCUGAAGUCGUUAUUGCUUUUGGGCUUCUCUGUUUCCAUGGCGACUGUCUCAGGGUUGGCUACUUUCCCAAGGUCACCAUGGCAACUAUCAGAAGGGAAUCAUGCUUGGGAUGCUUUGGCUGGAUUUUUCAUGAAUGAUUAGAAUGUGUGACACGACGCAGACGUGGAAAUGGGGAGGGUUGGGGUAGGAGGGGGGGCGAAGUCCCGCCAGACAGUCUGUGUGCGCUGUGCGCCCAGCGCCGCCGCAGCCUUCCAAACCCGCUCGAGCCGCUCCUCGGGAGGGACGAACUCGGUGUCAGAGCCGAAGCCCUCGCGCCCGCCCCGGCUUCUGCAGCCAAGAUGCUGGGGAAAGUGUAGGGCGAUGCCGUGAUGUCACAGUGCAGGGCCCUCGGCCGUGGUAGGUGCAGAAUGAGCGCUUGCUCCGGCAGUGUCGUCGCUCCGGCUCGGUGGGCGUGAAGGUUCGGGAGCGAGGGCCAGCGCCGCGGCCUGAAGGGGUGUAGCGACCCGCCGAGUUGCAAUUUCUGAGCAGUUUUGUCCAGGCGACUGUGCCCAGGUUAUGACGACUAAUCCCAAACCAAAUAAGGCAUUAAAGGUAAAGGAGGAGUCGGGAGAGAAUGCCCCGGUGCUGAGUGACGAUGAACUCGUGUCAAUGUCCGUACGGGAGCUGAACCAGCACCUGAGGGGUCUCACCAAAGAGGAGGUCAUCCGCCUGAAACAGCGGAGGCGCACGCUCAAGAACCGGGGCUACGCCGCCAGCUGCCGCAUCAAGCGCGUGACGCAGAAGGAGGAGCUGGAGAGGCAGCGGGUCGAGCUGCAGCAGGAGGUGGAGAAGCUGGCCAGAGAAAACAGCAGCAUGAAGCUGGAGCUGGAUGCCCUGCGUUCGAAGUACGAGGCGCUGCAGACCUUCGCUCGUACCGUGGCGCGGGGGCCCAUCACCCCGACCAAAGUAGCCACUACCAGUGUCAUCACCAUUGUGAAGUCGGCCGAAAUCUCAUCCAGUUCUGUGCCGUUUUCGGCAGCGUCCUAGUGCC